GCCGUUAAAAGGGCAAAAUGAAGGCUUGCAAUAUUGAAGAAAUCCAUUUUACAAAUCCCUGGGCCCUUAUUCUUUUGCAGUGGCGCUGUUUCUUCAACAUUGAGCAUUCUUCUUCUCUCCCAGUUGACUCUAAUUCCAUUUCCACCAUAAAAGUCACCUUCUCUUUCAGUCAAACCAUCUCCUAUUUUUCUAUUCUUUGUUUCCAUGGAGAACACAAUUUUCAUUAUCAAACAAACGAUCCUUGAAAUGUCUUCCAUGACUAACCCGACCCUUCCAUCAGCCACUUUGACCGAUCAAUCACACCCUCCAAGAUUGCUUCGUCUUUCCCAGAUACUCAACAAAACCCAUCACAGAUCUUAAUUUACUCAAAGAAGCUUCAUCGCUCCCACAUUCGUGGUUUUCAAGUUCGACGCCAUUGUUUCCCCCUUUCUGAUUUUCCCCAUUUGGCUUGCAUUCAGCGUCUUAUUAUCAAAUUAACCUGUGGAGAGAUGAGAAGCGAUGAAAUGGAGAGAGCAACAUUGGUGUUUUCCGCGUUUUCGCCUUUCCUGCGAUUAAUUUUGGCUAUGGGAUUCGUUUUACGGGUGUCUGCAAAUGGGGAAGGUGAGGCCCUAAAUGCCUUAAAGUCGAGUUUGGUCGACCCCAACAACGUCUUGCAAAGUUGGAAUACCCUCCUUAUGAAUCCUUGCACUUGGUUUCAUGUUACAUGUGAUGAAAAAGGAAGUGUUAUACGGGUUGAUCUUGGUAAUGCGAAUCUGUCUGGAAAACUGGUUCCACAGCUUGAUCAACUCACAAACUUGCGAUACUUCAAUAACAUCAGUGGAACAAUUCCAGAACGAUUUGGAAAUUUGAAAAACUUGGAGGGCUUGGAUCUUUAUUCUAACAGUUUAAUUGGUCCCAUACCUGACACACUGGGCAAACUUACAAAACUAAGUACCUUGCGUCUGAACAACAAUAGCUUAUCAGGAACCAUUCCAAUGUCUUUAACAACUGUUCCACUUCAAUUUCUGGAUCUUUCAAAUAACCUUCUGACAGGAGACAUUCCCGUCAAUGGCUCGUUUUCUCUUUUCACACCAAUCAGUUUUGCCAAUAAUUCAUUUCACAUUUCUCCCUCUGCUCCUCCUCCCCCAUUGACAGAUGCACCACGAAAAUUUUCAGGUGAUAGGGCUAAUGGAGCAACUAUUGGAGCAAUUGUUGCUGCUGCUGCUUUGCUGGUUAUUGUGCCCGCUAUUGUAUUUACUUUUUGGCGGCGAAAAACUCGACAGAUUCAUUUCGUUGAUGUACCUGCUGAAGAAGAUCCUGAAAUUAACCUGGGGCAGCUAAAAAGAUAUUCUUUACGUGAGCUGCAAGUUGCCACUGAUUAUUUUAGCCCACAGAACAUUUUAGGCAAAGGUGGAUUUGGCAAGGUUUAUAAAGGUCGUUUGGCUGAUGGUUCUCUUGUGGCUGUAAAACGAUUGAAGGAGGAGCGUGCUGAGGUUGGAGAGCUUCAAUUUCAAACUGAAGUAGAGAUGAUUAGCAUGGCUGUCCAUCGUAAUCUACUCCGUCUAAAUGGAUUUUGCAUGUCACCAACUGAAAGAUUGCUUGUCUAUCCUUAUAUGGCUAAUGGAAGUCUAGCAUCAUGUUUAAGAGAGCGUAAACAAUGCCGACCACCACUCAACUGGGCAAUACGUAAACGAGUUGCUUUAGGGGCUGCACGGGGGCUUGAAUAUUUACAUAAUCAUUGUGAUCCUAAAAUUAUUCACCGUGAUGUGAAAGCUGCGAAUAUAUUAUUAGAUGAUGAAUUUGAGGCUGUUGUUGGAGAUUUUGGGUUGGCUAAAUUCAUGAACUAUAAGGAUACUCAUGUCACAACUGCUGUUCGUGGAACAAUUGGCCAUAUAGCCCCCGAGUACCUCUCGUCUGGAAGGACUUCUGAAAAAACUGAUGUUUUUGGUUAUGGAGUAAUGCUUCUCGAACUCGUAACUGGACAGAAAGCCUUUGAUCUUGCUCGGUUAGCAAAAGAUGAUGAUGUCAUGCUGCUUGAUUGGGUAAAAGGACUUCUGAAUGAUAAGAAACUGGAAACGUUGGUUGAUCCCGAUCUCGGAGGCAAUUACGUAGAGGAAGAACUGGAGCAGGUAAUUCAAGUUGCACUGCUUUGCACACAGAGCUCCCCAGUUGAACGACCUAAGAUGUCAGAAGUGUUGCAAAUGCUGGAAGGCGAUGGUUUGGAUGAGAGAUGGGAAGAUUGGCAGAAAGAAGACAGCUCACGUCAAAACUUCAAUAGUAUGGUUCAUUCUUACCACCACCGGCGUAGAACUCCCCCGUUUAUUGAUUCCACUUCUCAUAUUGUUCCUGAUGUGUUGUCCGGUCCAAGAUGACUCUCUACAUUUGGGUUUCUUUUCCAACAGUUGAAAAAUGAUGUAAUUUGUAACAGCCCGUAUAUAUAUUUUUUUAAUAAUAAUGUAAUUUCAGUAAAUUUUUACUAACUGAG